CUGGUUCAAACGCACCCGCACCCCCAACAACUCCUCUUCCAUCCUCACCACACCUCCUCCAUCCGUAUCGCCCUUCCCUCACACCCCUCAAACCCCCGGUAACCCAAACCCAAAUCACCAGCCCGAUAAGUCCACUUCGACCACAGCCUCCGAUAUCUCCCGCAGCUCCGCCCAAACCUCCAGAUCUUCCUCCUCUUCCGUGGUCCGUGGUUCUCCGCAAGAGCUACUCCGACCUCGUCGAGGAAGCCAAGAUCAACAAGGAGCAGUACCACAUCGCAGCCCGGGAACUGUUUGCCUUACAGUCCAAGGUAGAUGAUUUGGAGCGCGCAGUGAAAGAGCGUGACGGUAAGUUGAAGAUUGAGCGGGAUGGAGCUGCUGCCCUGGCUCGGCGGAAUGAGAUGUUGGAGGGGGAGAGGCACGCUGCUGCUGCGGCUGCCGAGACAGCGCUGGGGAUGCAGCGGCUGUGUGGCGAGUUGGUUGGUACGUUGCAGGCGCAGAUGGAGAAGGUGGUAGCCUUGACGGAGAAGAUGGACGAGGAGUUGAGGGUCAAAGACGCGGCCAUCGCGACUCUAGAGCAGGAGAAGUAUGCACUUGUCACGCCCGAUGAGACGUCGGUGGUUGAGAAAUCCAAGGCCGACGCCGCAAAGGCACGGGAAAUCGCCCAUCACCACGUCAAAGCACUGAAACUCUCCCGCGACGAGGCAGCGGCAAAGGACAAGGCGAAAGACGAAGAGAUUGCUCGGCUUCGAACGCUGCUUCGUGAGCGGGAGAUGGAAGUGGAGGUUCGGGAUCGGGAGGUUCGCGGUCUAAAGGAUGUGGGGCGCAGGAUGGAUGGCGACUAUAGGACUGAGGUCGAGAAGCAUGCAGUCUAUGCUCGUCAGCAGAAGUGGAAGAUUGAGGAUAUGGAGAAGGAGCUGAAUGGCAUCAAGGUAGGCAAGCAGGAAGUGUCGAAGUUGGUUGAUGGCGUCGUUGAGGAGUGUGCAGACUUGUAAGCCAAGUCAAAUGCUUCUCCCAGCAGCUGCUAGGGACCGCAAACAAACCUGGUCGAUGUGAACGUCUCCCCUGUUGGGGGUGUUGCACGUCACUCCUCCACCACGCCCCUGUGGGAUUGUG